AAUUAUCAUUUCUACCAGUUCAGCUUUAAUUACUCACGAUGGCAGAACUAACUACUGGCAUCACAACCGGCCCCCAAACUCAGAUAGAAGGUGAAGAAAUAGAUGUUCACGCCGCUAAGACAGAUUUGGUAAUGUCCGUGGUGACCGGGCCUCAGCAUACUGAAGUUGGAAAACCUUCUCGAAGCGGAACCUGCAGGACUGUUCAUCAAGAGGUGGUUGAAGAUCCAGAAAGUCCAGGAACCAGGCAGAUAUCUAACAUCUGUCUGCAGUCUGAGCUGGAUCGUAAAUCUUGUGUUUAUGCUCAGUUUCCCGAAAGUGCUGAUGUAGAACAGAUUAAAAAAUCUUUCUGCUCCACAGGAGCUGCUUGGGAAGAUGAAUCCUUCCCUGCAUCGACAUCAUCCAUCUACUCUGACGAUGUUAGGCCGGAAUACAUACCGGAGGAUAUCACGUGGCUCAGACCAAGGGAGAUUAACCCGGAUGCCAAGCUGAUUACUGAUGGUACGACUAGGUUUGAUAUUAACCAGGGCAGGAUUGGAAACUGCUGGUUUAUCUCAGCUGUUGCAGGAUUAACUUCCAACCAGGAACUGUUUGAUCAGGUUUUUAAUCCUGGGCAGGACCUUAACGACAACGGAUCAAUUUCAUUCAGGUUCUACAUCGGAGGUGAGUGGAAAGAUCUGGUAAUUGAUGAUAGGCUUCCAACUUGGAAAGGAAAACUUCUAUUUCUCCGGAGCAACGAUCCCCAGGAGUUCUGGCCAUCACUUAUAGAGAAAGCAUUUGCAAAGAUUUGCGGUUGUUACAACGAUUUGACUGGCGGAACCUUUGGAGAGGCGUCGUCUUACUUCGGAGGUUUGACUGAGAACUUCAAUAUCAGGGGGCCAUACCUAGAUGGGUUAGAUCCUGUAUAUGUCAAGGAAAGGUUACUUGAAGCUGCAUCAUUGGGAUCUUUAUGUGGAGCAGCAGUUUAUGAUCUUGGCAGUGCAAACAGCAAUAGUUACUCCAAGUGGGGUCUACCCUCUGGACAUGAAUAUACAUUGACAGGGUUUACUGAUACCCAGAUAAGAGUGAGAAACCCUUGGGGUGGAGAUAUUGAAUGGGCUGGACAGAAGAGUGAUGCUGAUGGAGAGUUUUGGAUGGAUUGGUUGGAUUUUAUGACACAUUUUCAUCAGGUUCAGGUGGCUCAUUAUGAUCUUAACGCUGCUUCAGGGUUUGAUGAGAAGAAUAAGAAAAGCUGGAAAGGGCAAAAGGCUCAAGGAGAGUGGACCGUAAAGACUGCAGGAGGUUGUCCAAACUUUCCUAGCUUCCGAUACAAUAAGCAGUAUCAGCUAACAGUUGGAUCUGAAACCAGUAGCAACGUUCACGUGUUGAUAGCGUUGGAUCAGAUAUCAGCGAAGAGGAAACAAAACGGUAUGGAGAAGCAUCCUGUAGGAUUCAUCGUCUACAAGAGUACACCAAAACAGAAACUAAGCAAGGAAACUCUGAAAUCUAGGGCAUGGGUAGCGGACAGCGGUCUAUUCCGGUAUGAGAAACAGAUAGUUGGUCGUUAUACUCUACCACCUGGUACCUAUACCAUAAUUCCAUGCACAUUCUUCCCUGGACUCAAAGCAAAGUUUCUUCUCAGGGUUUUUCAUUCACAGCAAGACACAAACCUAGUAUCCUUGAAUCCAGUUCUAGAUAGCCAAGAUCAAGAUUCAGCUGAAGAGGAUUCAAGCCUGGUUUCAAACUAAAACUUUUGUUCCAUAAACUCAAAAAAUUCGGAUAUAUUAAGCAUUAAAAAUAGCAGUGAUUUUAUCCACCUAAACAGUCCCAGUUUAAAAUACAUAUUAAUAAAGUUUUAAAAUUA